CACACGAGUAGAAAGCAAGCGGCCCCGGACACGAGUAUUCUUCCGUGAAGGAAGUGGGUGGGAGGACUGGUGGUGGCAAAAGACAGAAAAAAGAUCCAGAUCCCUAUCCAUGGCGAAACCGGGAGAACAAUCGGAUCCACUUCUCCAUCCGCCGCCAUCCUACCUCGCCCAGCCGUCUCCCUACUACUCCGAUCCCCCGGCCUACGUCCUCCUCCCGGCGUUCCCGGGCCGCCGCCUCCGCCUCCGCCGCCCCUGCCGCUGCUGCGACUCCCUCGUCUCCUCCUCCACCCUCCUCACCCUCGUCUUCGCCGCCGCUCUCCUCACCUCCGCCCUCUUCUUCCUUUGGCCUUCCGAUCCCGAGGUCCGCAUCGUCCGCCUCCGCCUGGACCGCGUCCACGUGUCCACCUCCCCGGCUGUCUCCCUCGCCGUCUCCAUGGGCCUUGAGGUCAGGGUCUGGAACAAGGACUUCUUCUCCCUCGACUACGACUCCAUCGUCGUCUGCAUCGAGUACCGGGGGAGGCGGCUUGGCUCCGUGACGUCGCAGGGUGGGCAUGUGAGGGCGCGGGGGGUCUCUUACGUCGACGCCGAGCUCCAUAUCGACGGGAUCGAGGUGAUCAACGAUGCCUUCUACUUGAUCGAGGACUUUGUGAGGGGCUCCAUCCCAUUCGAUACCAUUACCAAAGUAGAGGGAAAGCUGCAUCUGUUCUUCUUUGAUAUCCCAAUUCAGGGAAAGAUUUCUUGUUCAAUGCAUGUAAAUGCACUAAACCAGACAGUCGUUCGACAGGAUUGCUAUCCAGACUGAGUUAAUUCAGUGCCUUUGCAGAUCAUCGGGUGGUGGUCAUUGCUCUUUUCACCUUUUGUGAAAAUCCUGGUCUGUUGAAUGUUCGUGUCUUCUUCCUGUAGUGUAUUGCAAUAUUGGCAAAAGAUCUUGGAGAGAUUUUAUUGGAUUGUCUAGUGGGAAGCUUUUCUAACUCCCAGGUACAAUGUAUGAUAUUAUCUGUAUGUGUAUUGGCCAUAAGCAAAAUCAUUGUAAAUAGGUAAUAUAUAUGUAUACAUAUUUGGCUAAA